ACUUCUCCUUUGUCUGCCGUCCACGUGUCAACUAUCUGUCCACACGCUUUUUACCGUUCCAGAUCUCUUGUCUACGAUCGUUCCUUCUUGUUUCGUUCGCAGCACUGUUCUGGAAACCUCUCGAAUUUUCAUCUCCUCUCCGCCGCCAUGUCCGCGCUCUGCCGGUUCGGACUGUCCACGCUCCUUUAUUCUUGCGGGCGUCGGACGAUUAGGCGAGGCUAUGGAUCAGCUGCAGCAGCUCUGUUCGACUGCGAUAAUUACCACUGGUUCGACGACGAUGAAGAGCGUUGCAGAGGAUCGUUGGAGGAAUCCGACUCGUGGGGAAAGGAGGAGAGGGGUGUACAGUGGGUGAUAAUCGGUGAUCCUAGGGUGAAGCGAUAUGUGUAUGCUAAUCGGCUUGCGAAGCUUCUAGCUGUUCCUCACAUUUCCAUGACUUCUCUCGUUAGGCAAGAGCUCAACCCUAAUUCUACUCUGUAUAAAAAGAUUGCUAGUGCAGUGAACCAAGGCAAGUUAGUUCCUGAAGAUGUCAUAUUUGGUCUUUUGUCGAAAAGAUUGGAAGAAGGAUACUGCUGCAGAGGUGAAACUGGCUUCAUUUUGGAUGGAAUUCCUCGAACAAGGAUGCAAGCAGAGAUACUAGACCAAAUUACCGAUAUAGAUUUGGUGCUGAAUCUCAAGUGCACAGAGGAGCCUGCAGUGAAGAAAACAACUUCAAGCAAUAGACUUUAUUCUCCUUGGCAAAAAUUCAAUUCCAUUGCUACCUCCGAAUUUCGCCACAGUCUUGAGGCACAAGCAGCUCAUUUCCAACCUUUGGGUGAGGAGAAACUAGGAAUGUAUUCUGAGCAGAGGAAGAGCUUAGAAGACUAUUACAAUGGGCAGAGGAAGCUUGUCAACUUUGAGGUUGCUGGCGGACCUGCAGAUACGUGGGAAAGUCUAUUGAAUGCAUUACAGCUGCAGCACCUCACAAGGGUUGAGGCUGUCACUCCUGCUGAUAGUUCAUUGCACAAAUUACCGGUAUGAUUUUAUUACCCUUACGUAGUACCUUUUCAUUUGCAUCCGUUAAGGCUGUUCUUUAAGUAAACACAUGAAGGCUGGAUGCAUGGUGGAGCUGAGUUUCUCUUCUUAUGAGGUAGUGUAAGCGUAUCCAAUUUUGUAAUAGAUGUGAAAAGGCUAUCAUCUUACUGUAAAUACAAGUGCAUUCUGCCUUAACGAUUUGUAGAUAAUAGAAAGUGAAAAUUUCCCUCGUUGA